AUGGACCAACACAUCAUUGCUGAGGAGUUCCUCGUAUUGACGCAAGGCGCGGAUCCAUCCGAGCCGAAUGACACUGAUCAACAUCAUCUCACCUCCCUGGUCUACAGUCGCAGAAACGACCGAGUUAGCCCAAGCGACACACCGAAGAGCUUACCGGGACAUUCCGCGAAGCAUUACUAUAUCGGUCUCCUUGACUCUGCCGACCACACGUCAGCCGUGUCAUCGACAAUUGUGGAUACCCUCUCCAGAGACACAGGCGCGACAUUCACAGUGGUACUUCCCGCCAAAGGUCAGACGCAGCUGGUAACCGUACCGCCGAACUCAGCUGAUGGAGCCGAAAGUCAGGCAGAGUACAAUCGCAAGAACAUCAGUCUGAUCUACGACGAGAUCUCACCAUCCAUCCUCGAAGGCGUGCAUCGUGAGGAGCUGAAGCAGAUGAGUCAGGUUCCCGAGGGGACCCGCGUCAGUUUCAUGGCGUCGAGCACAUUCUGGAACGCACAGUCUCGUGCUGAGGACAUGCUCAAGGAGUAUCAGGGGGGUGCUCAGCAUGGUUUCCGCGCCCGCAGACCAGCUUUGGAGCAUGCCCAAGCCACCUCGAGCCUGAGCGGGGUCGUGGCGGGAGAGUGA